AUAACUCUGCUGGAUUCGCUGUCGUUUCUCUUGCUGAAGUCCCUCCCCUAUUCUUAUCUAGCUAGAUAUUUUCCCACUUUAUAUUUCGUCACAACAUGGCGACGCACUCUGAUGCCAGGGUCGAUUUAAACCCAGAAAACAACCAGUUUGGUAGCACUUUCAUGGAGACAGCAGGGGUUUGCGGGAUUCAGGUGGCUGCCCAGGGGCUUUUGGGGAGCAGUGGCUCCCUCCCUGACCUGGACAGCCCCAGCUGUGAUGCACUGGAAGGCCUUGGAGAGUUGUCCAUUGCCUGCUGCAGCGAGGAGUCCAGAGGGGAGACCCCGGGGCGCGAGGACAGCCGUAUCGACCCGCCCGAUGGAGAGCUCGACCCUGACGGUGAAAAAACAAAGGAAAAGAAAGGUUUAGGCAAAGAGGUUCUGUUGCUAAUGCAAGCUCUGAAUGCGCUGGCAUCACCAGAGGAGAAACUGGCUGCCUUGUGCAAGAAAUACGCUGACCUGCUGGAGGAGAGCCGGAGCAUGCAGAAACAGAUGAAGGUGCUGCAGAAGAAGCAGUCUCAGAUCGUCAAGGAGAAGAUCCACCUGCAGGGCGAGCACAGCAAGGCCAUCUUGGCGCGCAGCAAGCUGGAGAGCCUGUGCAGGGAGCUGCAGAGACACAACAAGACACUGAAGGAGGAAAAUACCCAGAAGUCCCGGGAGUACGAGGAGAGGCGCAAGGAGGCCACGUUGCACUUUCAGAUGACGCUCAAUGAGAUUGAGGUCCAGAUGGAGCAGCACAACGUGCACAACAGCAAGCUGCGGCAGGAGAACGCCGAGCUGGCUGAGAAGCUGAAGAAGCUCAUCGAGCAGUACGAGCUCAGGGAGGAGCACAUAGACAAGGUAUUCAAGCACAAGGAGCUGCAGCAGCAGCUGGUGGAUGCCAAGUUGCUGAGGACCACCGAACUGAUGAGGGAGGUGGAGGAGAAGCACCAGAGGGAAAGAGAUUUUCUCCUGAAGGAAGCUACAGAGUCCAGACACAAAUGUGAGGUGAUGAAAGCGCAGGAAUCUCAGCUCAAACAGCAGCUCUCUCUGUACAUGGACAAAUUUGAGGAGUUCCAGACUACCCUUGCUAAGAGCAAUGAGGUGUUCACUACUUUCCGGCAAGAAAUGGAGAAGAUGACGAAGAAGAUCAAGAAGCUGGAGAAGGAGACGAUGCUGUGGCGUACAAAGUGGGAGAACAACAACCAGGCCCUGCUGCAGAUGGCUGAGGAGAAAACGGUGCGGGACAAGCACUACAAGGCCCUCCAGGCAAAACUGGAGAGACUGGAAAACCUGUGCAGGGCCCUACAGAGGGAGCGCAACGAUCUCAAUCAGACGCUGGAGGGCCUGCGGGGCUCCCCCGCACAGGGGGGCGGGGUGGGGGAGGGGACUGGACCCCCUGGCCUGCAGCUGGAGGACCAGCCUGACGGGCAGUCCUCCGAAGAGGAAGGGGUGGAGCCUGACAGAGACGGGGUGGGGCUACAGCCUCCUCCCCCUGAAUCAGAGGAAGACUCUGCCUCUAAUUCUGCCCAGGUACAGCCCCUUGUCAACUGAGCCAGGCCCCAAAUGGGCUAUUGUUUGGAGGUAUAUAUAUUUUUGUGUAAUGACUAAUGAUAAAGUAAGAAGAAUACUUGCAAUAGUGAAUAUAAUACUUUGCUCUGUACAUGGUAAAUAUAUAGCUUUGUGGUGAGGAUUUCAUUCUCCCGUUUUCUACAUCUGUAUUUUCUUAGGAAACUUCAUGUGGUGAAGGGCAGCUGUGAUGCUUUAGCUUUAGGUUCUUGCUUUGUACUUUUUUCUGAACUUUCCUUGCGCGUAUCUGCCUCAUUUUUAUAUAUUUUUUUCUUUCCAACUGACGAUUCCAGCUCUCGCCACUAAUAUUCAUGUGAAUUAACAUUUCAGAGGAAAUUUAAGAUCAUUUAAGAAAAAAAUAUAUAGGGCUAUAUGAAAUUAGUCUCACUUAAUCUAUUAUGUUGAUAGUAUUUUAAUGAAUUUUCGUAGCAUAGUUUGCUGAGGAUCAGUCAUACUGAACACACAGCAUAAAAUUUAAAAUAUUCAUCAGCCAUUGUUUAAAUCAAGGGGAAAGUGUAGACUCUGUCCUGGCUGUUGGGCACAACUGAAGUGUGAUGAUGGUUCACAGCUUGACUUAAAUGUUAAAUUAUCUCUGAUUUCCUCAGAACAGCCUGUACAGUACUGAUGGGAUUGUGCUGUAUCUAUAACAUUGUGUUUGGGAAACUUACGGUUUUAUAGAAUAUGUGCCAGUUAGCGUUUUGCAAGAUGCAGUCUAGGUUAGGGUCCAAAUUAAAUGUUUUACAUUCCAAAAGAUUCAGUCUUCAGUUCUCAGACGUAUCACCAUGCUAACCUUGACAGACGUUAGCAUCUCAGUGUAGUGUCAUGGGCCUUGGUAUAUUCCAUUAUUUGUUUCCUCUCUUAAACUAAGUUGACUAAAAUUCUUUAUUUCUUUUGGCUUCUGCCUUCUCAUGUCUUUAAUCCUUUAUAUUGAAGAUACAGAAUGUGAUUUUUUUUUAACUUUGAAAUGCACACAAAUAAAAUGUAUCUAAUUCA